GGAAGUGAGACAAAUUCAGUAAUUUGAAUUGGACGGCAAGUCUAGUCGUUGGUCGUUCAGCUGGCUUGUAAACAAACAGAUGCUCGUUUGGUUUCUAUGGGGUGAAAACGAUUUAGUUCAAUGUUUUCUUGUUUUUUUUCUUGUGCAUAUUCUUGUGUAUCACCACAGAAACUCACAACCCAAGUUAUUUUUGACGACUGGUGAAUAUUGCAGCCACUAGAACUAACUGUAAAGAUGUCAGGGGGAAAAGAGGCUCUCUCCUCGGAUGAGAUGAGAAAGAAGCUUUACCAAACAUUCAAAAAGCGCGGAGUCCUUGACACUCUGAAGACUCAGCUGCGGAAUCAACUUAUUCAGGAGUUGAAACACCCCUUUAUCAGUGGAGAAAGCCUGACCCAAUCAGUUCCUGUGAAAACAGCUUCAGUCCUGGAGAUAGCAUCUAACAGCCUAGUCAUCGAGCACUUGCAGAGUUCAGGAUAUGAAUAUACCUUAUCCGUAUUUUAUCCUGAAUCUGGCAUGACCACAGAAAAGUGUUUUACAACCAGAGACAUUCUUCAGCUGAUGAAAAUCACUCCACGUUCAUCUCUAUACAAGUCUAUGAUGUCAAAUGUCCAGAGAGAGAGCCACAAAGGCUUUUUGAUGAACCUUCUGACAGAGUUGAUAGACAACCACAUGCACAGGGACUGCAGUGACGCCAACACUCAAACUAGCAACUUCGAGCCAUUCAGGGAAUCUCUUGUGGAGAAGAUGCAGAGUAUUGAUGAAGAAUAUGACGUCCUGCGCUCCCAAGGAACCAGGUGGCACACACUUGAGGCUCGCCUUGCUGAAUACAGAAAGGAAAUCGGAGAACAAGCACAGGCUGAAAUCAACGCAAAGAUUCAACACUUUAAAGAUAUUGAAAUGGCAAAAGUGAGGAUGGAGGAAAAGGAAAAGAGACAAAAAGAGAUUUUGGAUUUGAGGAGAGAUAUGGAACGGACUUACGAGAUGAAAUCAGAUGCGCUGAUUCAGAGAGAGAAGAAUGCCAUCGAGCGACUACAGAAGCAACAGCAGAUCGAGGAGAAGGAGAUCUAUAUGCAAAGGCAGGCUCUGCUGAAGGAGAUAGAAACUGUACGGAACAGAGAAGCUGAGCUGAGGCAAAGAACUGAGGGAUUCGAAAAAACGUGUAAGCUGCAGGACGAGAAAAACAGAAUAACUGAGGACCUUUUGAGGAGAAGAGAGCUGGCUGUAAAGACCAUGGAAGAUACAUAUGAUCAGAAGUUAAAGAAUGAACUGGACAGAUACCAACAGGAACUGAAGACAGACUAUAGAAAAAGAACUGAACAGUUGUCUGAAAAUGAAAAGAGAAAUAAAGAGGAGACUACACGAAUUCAGAAAGAGGCAUCAGAGAUUGAUACAAGAGUGAAAGAGCAUAGCCAAGCCCUUGCCGAUGUGAAAAGACUACAGAUGGAGCUGGAGACGGCCCGCUCCCAGAGUUCCCUGCUGGGGCAGCAGAACGCCCUGCUGCGGGAGCGACUGGAGGCCAUGGGGGACUACGCCACCCUCAGGAGGGAGAGGGUGGAGCUGCAGGCACAGGUACGAGUACUCAAGCAGCAGGCGGAGGAGGCCAAGGAGGACAACCAACACCUGCGCCAAGCGCUCAGUCAGCCGUCGGCCGGCCAGCUGGCCCUGCAGGCGGAGCUGCAGCGUGUGGAGGCUGCCAGGAGGCUGCAGGAGGAGGAGCAGGAGAGCCAGAGGCAGGUGCUGCACGCCCAGCUGCAGCGGGAGGUGGAGCGAGUGGCCCAGCUGAAGAGCCAGCUGUUGGAGAGCGAGGAGAGGAGCCAGUGGCUCGUCACCCACGCCGAAGACGUCAGGACGCAGCUGCGGCAGACGCAACUAGCCUUGGAAAACGAGGUUCUCCGCAACCCCAAGCCAUCGCUGGUGGACCGCGGCGUGCUCGAUCUCCACGCUGACAGACUAGUGCCCCAUGACGUUUAUGUAGACAGGGACGUCCUGAAGGCCUGCGAAGCAGCAGCAGCGGGAGGAGGAGGGGCCUCCUCGCGCUCGGGCUGGAGGAACCGCAGCCCCUCCCCUGAAGACUCCGACCUGGAUCUGGUGGCCGGCGCCAAGGCCCGCAUCCGCGAGCUGGAGAAGGAGGCCGAGACGCUGGAGGAGGCCUAUCGCAGCUACCAGCAGAGGGCGCUCCACUCGGCCGUCUCCCACAUGCUGCCGCCCCCAGUGGCACAGUCACAGUCCACACAGCCCACCUGGCCCAGGCCCACCAACCCCGCCGCACACUCACCACCACCCACAUGGACCAGGCACACGGCCGUGCUCCCACCCCACCCCAAGGCCCAGCCACUGGUCUCCCAAAGAGUGACCUUUGCCCCCGAUCCACUGCCACCCCGGCGACCUGACAAGCGAGGCGCCCCGGUCAGGGAGCCAGACCUGCAGGGUGUCGGCUAUGCGCAAGUGGACGGAGGAGGCGGAGGAGGCGGAGGAGGAGGAGGAGGAGGAGAGCUGACUCCGCCACAGCGCAGUAUCUCUCCCCCGGCAAGACGCCUGUCCUCCACACCAGUCUCCCUCUCCAAAACACAGAGCAGGCGACAGGCGCUAGAAGAGGCUUUGCCAGUGCCCUUGGCUUGCACCACCUCCCCAGAGAGGCAGCUGUCCCCCAUCGCACCACCACCAGCAGCAGUGGCCAAGCAGAGUGGAGACUUCAGCCCCGUGCUCAGUGACCCCAUCAGCCCCCCGAUGAGGAGAACCGACCUGCACCACACUAGCCCCCCAAAAGAUGUCUCAAGUUCAAAGUCCUCUUCCCCACAACCUGAGAAAAUAGCCAUUGAUGAUCUAACAGAACCCUCGCCAGAGCCUAGUCACAUUCCAGAGCUUCUCCAAGAGGAGGGCAUUCGUGUCAGUGAGGAGGCCCCUGAAGGGCGCCCUGCUCCCCCCUCACCCAGACAGCACACUGUUGUGUCUGCUGUAGGUGCAGCACAUGUGCCUGAUGUGGAAGCAUCCAGACAGCAGGAGGAGGACGAGGAGGCGCAGUGGGAGCUGGAGAGGAAGAGGAGAGAGGAGCGCAGGCAGCAGGAGCAGCGCGAGGCCCAGGAGAGGGAGCUGAGGGAGCUGGAGAGACUGGAACAGGAGAGGCUCCUGCAGGAGGAGCAGUUUGAGCAGCGUGAGGAGGAGAGGAGCAGGGAGGAGUGCGGAGGGCAGGAGGAGCCGGAGCUGGAGCUGGAGCCUGUUUCCCAGGGCCAGGGGCAGGGCCGGCCGCCGCGGGGGCAGAUGGAGCCAGAGAGGGGCCCGACCUCCACCUCCGACGCCAGCGACCCGCUGCAGAAGUACAUGCGGAUGGUCAUGGAGGGGGGCAAGGGGCCACACCAACAGAGUCCAAAUAAGGAGGACAUUGAUCAGAAGAGUGCAGAGCUGGAUGUUUCAUCUGAUAAAGACAACAGUGUCAUUGCUUUCUCACACGAAGAGGCCGAUGAAGACUUCUGGUGAAAGAGGGCUGGUAGAGACCUGGUGGAGCUUACAAGUGAACAUCUUUUUUUUUAAGUUUUGUGUGUAUUGUAUUUAUUUUUUUGAAAAUCUUUGGGAUUUCCUAGUGUUCAUACGUUGACUUGUAUGGAUUAAAUGUGCUGCAUUAAAUGUUUUGUUUAUCAUGCUA